AUCUGGCCCAGCUAAUGCCGCGGCCGCCCUUCAUCUGCUUCAGUUUGUCCCGAAGUCUAAACAGUGUUGUGCUCUCUGAGGAGAUAUACAAACAAAAACGCGGUUCAGGAGCAGGACUGACGAAAAGGGUCCAAUAUGAACUCCCACUGCCCUUCGCUUUCUUUAGCAUUUCUAGCCACUUGUUUACUACUUGGUACUCUUGGCACGGCGAGGGGUGAUUACUGCGAGGUGAACGUCUGCCUCAACGGGGGCACCUGCGUCACGGGCGUCGGCGACGCCCCCUUCAUCUGCAUCUGCGCCGACGGCUUCACGGGGGACACCUGCAACGCUACGGAGAGCGGUCCCUGCAGCCCGAACCCCUGCAAGAACGAGGCCGUCUGCGAGGUCACUGCCACCUUGCCGCGCGGCGACGUCUUCAGCGAGUACGUCUGCAAGUGCCAGCCCGGCUUCGACGGUGUCCACUGCCAGAACAAUGUGAAUGACUGCGCGUCACAGCCCUGUCAGAAUGGAGGCACCUGUUAUGACCUUGAGGGGGAUUAUAACUGCAGAUGUCCCUCGCCCUAUGUCGGGAAACAUUGCCACCUUCGCUGCAUCUCUCUGCUGGGGAUGGAGGGCGGGGGCAUUGCUGAGUCUCAGAUCUCGGCCUCCUCCGUGCACUACGCCAUGCUGGGUCUGCAGCGCUGGGGCCCCGAGCUGGCGCGCCUCAACAACCAGGGCAUCGUCAACGCCUGGACCGCCGCGACAUAUGACAAGAACCCCUGGAUAGAGGUGAACCUGCAGAGGAAAGUGCGUCUGACGGGGAUCGUCACGCAGGGCGCCAGCCGCCUGGGCACCGCCGAGUACAUCAAGGCCUUCAAGGUGGCGCACAGCUUCAACGGCAGUGCCUACACGGUGUUCAGGGCCGAGGGUCAAAGGAAGGAAAAGGUUUUCGUGGGGAACGUGGAUAACACCGGCACCAAGACCAACCCGUUUGACCCGCCCAUCGUGGCGCAGUACAUCCGAAUCAUCCCCAUGGUGUGCCGCAAGGCCUGCACGCUGCGCAUGGAGCUGGUGGGCUGCGAGCUCAACGUGUAUUUAAACACGGCAGGUUGCUCUGAGCCCCUGGGCGUGAAGUCUCGUCUGAUCUCAGACAGGCAGCUCACCGCCUCCAGUAGCUUUAGCACCUGGGGCAUCGACGCCUUCACCUGGCAACCGCACUACGCUCGCCUGGACAAGCAGGGCAAGACCAACGCCUGGGCGCCUGCCACAAACAGCCGAACAGAAUGGCUGCAGGUGGACAUGCAGACACCUAAACGGCUGACAGGAAUCAUCACUCAGGGAGCCAAAGACUUUGGAGUGGUGCAGUUUGUCUCCGCCUUCAAGGUGGCGUACAGUGAUAACGGCAAGUCCUGGAGCGUAGUUAAGGAUGAGAAGACCAGGACAGACAAGAUUUUCGAAGGCAACAGUGACAACAACGUACACAAAAGGAACAUGUUUGAGGCCCCCUUCUACGCACGUUUUGUGCGUGUAAUCCCUUGGGAGUGGCAUGAGCGCAUCACUCUUCGUAUAGAGCUCCUGGGCUGUGAGGACUAGAGACCUGCCCCUGCCCCUGCACCACCCCCCCCCCGCCCCCACCCCCACACUGUUCCCAUGCCUCACCACAGCCCACCUGCUGCCUCAGCUGCACUCUGGCAUCACACCUACAGGAGGCAAAGGCACUUCUCACAACACCCUGCGAGGUUGUUACCUGAUAACAUGCCUUAUAUGGGCUCAAACACAUUCUCAGUCUCUCACAAAGCAGAUUCCAACACCUUAAACCUGUAAUCCCAUGCUAAGGAACUAGCACACUGUGCUACUGUCACCACUUAAAUGACCUGAUUCCGACGUACGCAUCAUAUCCUUUAUGAACAUCCUUCCCCCUGCUUUUUGGUACAUAUUUCAUGUGAUUUUCCUGCGUACUACAGGGCAAAUUGUUUCGUUUGUUAUUUAGAUUUUCUAUGCCGAAUUCAAAAUGGAUAGGGCCUAAUGCUUUACUUGGUCAUGAAGCUGUAUCAUUUGUAUAUCCAAAGAUGGGGGGUAAAUGACUCAAACAAUAUUUUUACUCAGGUUCUGACAAAUGUGUUGAACUCCUGCUGCUUUUUGUUACAGUUACAGUGAGAACAGCUGUAUAGUUUGAGCAGAUCAAACUAGUUUUUAAAAAAUCUCCUGUCAGAAACGUUCCUAUUAUUAUUUAAUGGUUACUUUUGCUCUAGUUUCUUCGAAGGUAAUAUUUUGGUUUCUUCAAACAUACCUGCAUCAGGGAGGGGUAAUCUUUUGGGGUUGUUAUUUGUUUUCAAAGCAUGAUGAAGGAGAAUACUUUGUUUUUUUCUUGCCCCUACAUUUUAAUGCUUACCUGCAUUUGUGGACCUGUCUCAUGCUGCUGUGUUCUCUGCCAGUUUUGGCGAGGUCAGACUGUGCGCUGGACCUGAGCUGCACAGUCAUCACAUCCGAAAAAUAAACUUAACGCACAGCUGGUACACAGACUGCCGGUGCUCAGUCAUAUCACAGGAGAUUCUGCCACAUAAUGAGACGAGGACAAUCUCUCCAACUCUCCCUCUAUGGUUACUCUCCCUCUAUGGUAACUCGCCCUUUGUGGUAACUCUUCCUCUAUGCUAUCUCUCCCUCUAUGGUAACUCUCCCUCUAUGGGCGAUGCUAUGGCCAGUUAUGCACAGAUCUGCCCACAGGUGCCAGUGGCACUGUCAGGAUUAAUUUCCAGACUGUGAGGUGGAUCCUUGCAGCCAGUGCAUUAGUUGGAUUACUCACCCAGCAGCCUCCAUUUCUUUUUUUUCAGGUAACUUUUGAGCAGGAGAGCACUGAGAAUAUCCAUCUCACGGUCCCUGUCCCUCCUCAGGGAUGGACCUGACUGUAGAAACAGGGCAAAAAGAAAAUAAAGUGAGAAAUUAUUUCUGUGGUGGUAUUGAAUCUCUCAUGAGUCUAAAAAUCAUCUCCAGGACUAUGAAAUGACUGUGAAAUAUACUUUGGAUUUAAGCAAGUAAGUUCUGGUAAUGCUCACCAGAAGAAAAUAUAUGGGCUGAUUUGCACAGUAGGAUUGAAGGCAGAUUAACAGUGUGAAACUGUAAAACAUGUACAGUCAAGAUGUUGUGAUGUUAUGAUUGAAGUAGUAGACAUCGGUAGUGUUCGGAAGUUGACAGUCCUGUUAGAGAGCUCAAAGUUCUCCUCAGCAACAGUACUGCAGCCCACACCCCUCAAACUGACCGGGAUUUUCAUUAUUUAUUUUCAAAUAAACUAUGUACUUUUGUUAUAUUAGUGAAUAGUUACAUAUAGCAAUACAUGAUUUGUUUUCUUGUUUUUGAAAUGGAAUUGUUGUUUUUCCCCUUUUUACUGACGAUAUAAAUAAACCCAUUACAUUAUAUUGAA